AUGGCCGCCGCCGUCACUCCUUUUCCCCCAUUUCAUGAAGGGAAUAUAAAGAACUGGUUCCUACAAAUGGAAGCUAUCUUUACAGUCAGAAGGAUUACAGACCAAAAAACAAAGUUUGGCCACGUGGUGGCAGUUUUGCCACCCACCAUUGUCGACGAAGUAGCAGACUUCCUAGAAGCCGUUCCUGAAGUAGAGCCCACGCCCGUUAAAAGAAGUGAUCUUACGGAGAAUGGGCCCUUGUGGCUGGACUGUCUCCCCACCACCAUUACCCAGAUAUUGGCGCCUAUGUCCGAGAACACCCCAAUCGACCAGUUAGCGGACGCCGCUGACCGUAUUUUCUCGCAACUGGAUAAUCAGACAAUGCCAGUACACAGUGCUGAAGCGACUAGGGACCACAGGUCCUUGGAAAAAACAGUGGAGGAUUUGCAGCGCCAAGACUUACGCCUUAAAAUGGCAAACUUAUUCUAUACACCACCGCGGCACUGCCCGAAAGUGAUAUCUAUUUACCGCACCAGCUCAAGGACUGCGAAGUUCGAUUUGUACGUAACGACUCUGUUAAGCGGCCUCUUACGCCGGCCCACAUUAGGCCCAUACCGCGUUCUUAAACGCGCGGACAAAUAUUUCCAAAUACAAAAAGGUAUUCACACCGACAACGUUUCAAUAGAUCGGUUGAAACCCGCCUUUAUAGAGAAAUCGUCGUCUCAUACUACUUCCCAAUCAACUCCGCAAGUUCAGGAGACACCUGUUUCUCUCGACAAGCCUAAGUAUACCAGCUCCGGUCGAAAAGUCACCUUUCCAAAGAAAUUUGAAACAUUCUAUUAUUAUUAG